AUGCCUUCAAAGGCCUGGGUUGCUUUGACGGUUGCCGCCUUGUCGAGUGCCGCGCACACCGCUUCCUUAUCCAAUAUCUGCACCAAGUCGUAUGCACAGUCGGCGCUCCCUGCUGAUGAUUUCAACCUCGGUAUCACCAUCGAUUCAUCAUCAGUGGAGACGAACCUGGUUGCCAAUGCGUCCUUCAGCUCCGUUUGGUAUCCGACCAGUAGCUUCGACUACUGCAACGUCACCUUCGCCUACUCGCAUAAUGGCAUUGCCGGAGAUAUUGUCCACGUUACUUAUUGGCUACCUGCACCAAGCCAGUUUCAGAACCGCUAUGUAUCUACCGGUGGUGGCGGUCUCGCUAUUCAGUCAGGCACCUCGAGCAUCCCGACGGGCGUCAUCGUUGGCGCUGUUUCGGGCCUGACUGACGGCGGAUUCGGCUCGUUCGACACAGACUGGGACGCCGUCUUCCUCUUGGCCAAUAACACCAUCAAUUGGCAGUCUGUGUAUAUGUUUGGCUAUCAGGCCCACCAUGAACUCGCCCUCCUAGGCAAGCAGUUCGCUAGGAACCUCUACAACGUCUCCGAUGGCUCCAAGGUCUACUCUUAUUACCAGGGCUGCUCUGAGGGCGGUCGCGAGGGCUGGAGCCAAGUCCAGCGGUUCGCUGAUCAGUUUGAUGGUGCUGCCAUCGGUGCUCCAGCCUUCCGUUAUGGCCAGCAACAGGUCAACCAUCUCACAGGAAAUGUUAUUGAGCAGACAAUGGAUUAUUUCCCUCCCAGUUGUGAACUGGACAAAAUUUUGAACUUGACUAUUGCCGCUUGCGAUCCCCUCGAUGGCAAGGCCGACGGUGUAAUCUCGCGGUCAGAUCUCUGCAAGCUGAAAUUCGACCUUAACAGCACCAUCGGCCAAUCUUACUCGUGCGAUGCCAGCACUGCGAGCGGCCUCAACAAACGCCAGUUUAUGAGCGCACCAACCCCAGCACAAGAAGGAACCGUCAGCGCCGAGGGAGUGGCCGUCGUUGGCGCGUUCCUAGACGGUUUGCAUGACUCCAAGGGUCGCCAGGUAUACCUCAACUAUCAACCUGGCUCAGCCUUCAGUGAUGCCGCUGCGGCCUACGAUGAUGACACAGAUACUUGGGGCUUGUCUAUCAGUGGCCUUGGCGGCGAGUGGGUUGCUCGCUUCCUUCAGCUCCAGGACGUCUCCACGCUCAGCAACCUCGACAAUGUCACCUAUGAUACGCUCAAAGAGUGGAUGAUUUAUGGCAUGAACAAGUAUGGUGAUUCUCUGCAGACCACGUGGCCUGACCUCACCGACUUCCAGGCUGCUGGUGGAAAGGUGAUCCAUGUUCAUGGUGAAUCAGACGACUCGAUCCCGGCAGGCUCCUCUGUCCAUUACUACGAAUCCGUUCGAAGUACUAUGUUCUCUGAUCUGGGCUACAAUGAGAGUGUUGCGGCCGUUGAUGACUUUUACCGCCUGUAUCUUGUCCCUGGCGGCGCGCAUUGCAGCACAAACACCCACCAACCAGGCGGUCCUUGGCCCCAGACAACCUUGCAGACCGUCAUUGAGUGGGUUGAGAAUGGAGUUGCGCCGGCAACGCUCAGUGCUACAGGCAACAUUGAUUCGAUCUGCCGCUGGCCACUGCGUCCGCUAUGGUCCAAUAACGGCACCUCGUUUGACUGCGUCUACGACCAGGAGUCUAUCAACACCUGGAUGUAUGACUUUGAUGCCUACAACGUGCCCAUUUACUAG